CGUGUCGGGUAAGAUAGAAUGAAGGACGGGGCGCUUCUUGAAUGACUCUUCCGGGGAACAAUAAAUAUUAUCUUUCUUCUUCUCCCUUUCAUCCUUCCAUUGAUUUGACAAUCAUUUGGUGAUACCUUUUAUUUUUCCUGUACCCUAUCCUCUUAAGGUAUUCGCUUCUCUCUCCUCUCCAGUGCUCUACCCUUAUCUCCGUCCUUGCACCCCUCUCUCCGCUCAUCCCCGCAGCGAUGUCGGCUUCAGGAUCCGGUGCCGCGCCCGCGGCUUCAUCAUCAGCAGCCAAUCCAGCAAAAAAGGCGUUCCCAAGCGUAGACCUCGAGGGUCACAAUCUUCCUCCGUCACCUGCUCCAUCUAGUCCUCAUACCGGAAGGCGCUAUGCAAUUGCCACAGAACUCGUCUAUACCGACAGCGGUGACCAGUACAACGCUAGCAGCGUUCCCAUCUACCAGAGCGCCACUUUCAAACAGACAUCCGGUGGUGGAGGCGGAGAGUAUGAUUAUACUCGCUCCGGCAAUCCGACUAGAACGCACCUGGAACGUCAUCUAGCAAAGGUCAUGUCUGCUCAGCGUGCUCUGGUGGUUUCCUCCGGCAUGGCUGCAUUGGAUGUCAUCACUCGGCUGCUUCGCCCUGGUGACGAAGUUGUGACCGGCGAUGACCUCUACGGUGGAACACACCGGCUGCUUAAAUACCUGUCGACUAAUGGUGGUAUCAUCGUCCAUCAUGUUGACACCACCCAGCCGGAGAAGGUGCGGGAAGUGCUGAACGAGAAGACAGCUAUGGUCUUGCUCGAAACGCCCACCAACCCCCUCAUUAAGAUCGUCGACAUCCCCCAGAUCGCUACCGCCGCACAUGAGGUGAACUCCACCUGUCUUGUGGCUGUUGAUAACACUAUGAUGUCUCCGAUGUUGCUCAACCCUCUCGAACUGGGAGCCGACAUUGUCUAUGAGAGUGGAACGAAGUACUUGUCGGGUCACCACGAUCUCAUGGCUGGUGUGAUCGCUGUCAAUGACCUGGCUCUCGGCGAGCGUUUGUACUUCCCCAUCAAUGCCUCAGGCUGCGGAUUGUCUCCGUUCGAUUCCUGGCUAUUGAUGCGUGGAGUGAAGACCCUCAAGGUACGGAUGGAUCAGCAGCAAGCGAACGCACAGCGUAUUGCGGAAUUCCUCGAGUCCCAUGGGUUUAAGGUCCGGUACCCUGGGCUGCGGUCGCACCCUCAAUAUGACCUUCACCACUCGAUGGCCCGUGGAGCUGGAGCUGUGCUGUCAUUCGAGACGGGUGAUGUCGGUGUGAGUGAGCGUAUCGUUGAGAGUGCCAAGCUAUGGGCUAUCAGCGUUAGCUUCGGCUGCGUGAACAGCUUGAUCAGCAUGCCUUGCCGGAUGAGCCAUGCUAGUAUCGAUGCGAAGACGCGCCAGGAGCGCGCCAUGCCGGAGGAUCUGAUCCGCCUGUGUGUUGGUAUUGAGGAUGCAGAUGAUCUGAUUGACGAUCUGACAAGGGCGCUGGUGCAAGCUGGAGCCGUCAACCUGACCUUGGAUGAUUUCCAAGCGAACACGACCACCAACUGAUUUACGUAUACAUAAUGUACCUGCGUGUUUUCUUUUUGGGUUCUCAUGGCGGAAAAAUAAGUGCGUGGGCAUGUCUCGGGUGAUACAUUGAUGCGGCGUUCGGAGCCUCUGCUAUUUUUUCUACAAUUUUCCUUGUACAAAGUACAUACAUAAAAGAUGCUUUAUAAAAGAAACAGUAUCUACUUCGUA